AGUAAUCAUGGCUACCGCGAACGUUAAUUUUGAACUUUUUUUACGUAGUUUUAUAAAUGAAGAUAGUGAAAAAAACCAAUUGCAUGUUAUUCCCAGAGAACAGUACAGUGAUCUGAUAAAUGAAGUGAAAGCCGCGAGAAGUGCUCGGAAUAAAACCCCCCAACAGAAGAGACGUGUUAGGCGGUUUAAUGUUAUUGAAAUCGGGGGUAUAGAAAAGUUGGUGAAAGCAACGGGAACCGAUGACAUUGUGUAUUUUGUUCCAUUGGAGGAAGUAUACGGAACAAUUGAAGCGACUCAUGCUGCUAUUGGACACGGAGGUCGAGACCGGUUGAAAGCAGAGCUUGGUCGCAAAUAUGCUAACAUUACUAGACCUAUGAUCGAAAAGUUUCUAGGGAUGUGCGAGGUCUGUGCCGGGAAGAAAACCAAACGAAAAAGAGGACUCGUGACGAAGCCCAUCCUGCACAAACAGCUAAACAGUCGCUGCCAGGUCGAUCUUGUGGACAUGCAGAGUCAAGAAAUCCAAGGGAAACGGUUCAUCCUCAAUUAUCAAGACCACUUAACAAAAUUUAUUCAGCUUCGAGCCCUCUCGCACAAAACAGCUGAGGAAGUAGCUGCGCACUUGAAGGACAUCUUCUUAACUUUUGGGGCACCGUGUAUCCUUCACAGCGACAACGGUAGGGAAUUCGUCAAUAAUAUUAUUAAGUGCAUGAAAAUACAUUGGCCGGAGUUGCAACUGGUCAACGGUAAGCCGCGCCACAGUCAAAGUCAGGGAUCCAUUGAGCGCGCCAACCAGGACGUGGAAAAUAUGUUGGCGGCGUGGCUAAUUGACAAAAAGACGAACCAGUGGCCCGACGCGUUACCUUUCAUCCAGUUCAUGAAAAAUCGUGCUUAUCACGCCGGUAUCAGAAUGAGCCCAUACGAAGCAUUAUUCGGAAUGAAGCCAAGAGUUGGUCUCACUACAAGCAGUUUGACGCCGGAUAUGUUGGCGAAUGUUGAGACGGAGGAGCAGCUGGAGGAGUUAUUGGCUUCCUCACAGGUCAAUGAAGAAAAUGACGAAGAAAACGACGAGAAUGAACCGGUGACAACUUCCGCCGGAAACACUACCCAGACUCAACCACCUCAACUUAGUCCAGUCACAACUUCCGCCGGAAACACUACCCAGACUCAACCACCUCAACUUAGUCCCGUCGCAACUUCCGCCGGAAACACUACCCAGACUCAACCACCUCAACUUAGUCCAGUCACAACUUCCGCCGGAAACACUACCCAGACUCAACCACCUCAACUUAGUCCAGUCACAACUUCCGCCGGAAACACUACCCAGACUCAACCACCUCAACUUAGUCCAGUCACAACUUCCGCCGGAAACACUACCCAGACUCAACCACCUCAACUUAGUCCAGUCACAACUUCCGCCGGAAACACUACCCAGACUCAACCACCUCAACUUAGUCCAGUCACAACUUCCGCCGGAAACACUACCCAGACUCAACCACCUCAACUUAGUCCAGUCACAACUUCCGCCGGAAACACUACCCAGACUCAACCACCUCAACUUAGUCCAGUCACAACUUCCGCCGGAAACACUACCCAGACUCAACCACCUCAACUUAGUCCAGUCACAACUUCCGCCGGAAACACUACCCAGACUCAACCACCUCAACUUAGUCCAGUCACAACUUCCGCCGGAAACACUACCCAGACUCAACCACCUCAACUUAGUCCAGUCACAACUUCCGCCGGAAACACUACCCAGACUCAACCACCUCAACUUAGUCCCGUCGCAACUUCCGCCGGAAACACUACCCAGACUCAACCACCUCAACUUAGUCCAGUCACAACUUCCGCCGGAAACACUACCCAGACUCAACCACCUCAACUUAGUCCCGUCGCAACUUCCGCCGGAAACACUACCCAGACUCAACCACCUCAACUUAGUCCAGUCACAACUUCCGCCGGAAACGUUUGCCAAUCGUGCGGUGCUGACUUGGACACAACAGAAGAAAAACCGGAAGGCGAACAUGAAGUCUUGUGCGGCAACUGCGCGACGAGGAAGAACAUCCGAAAAGCUCGGAGUCAGGCAGCUGCUGGUUUGGAACAGCAAGCUAAGAAGAUGCGUCUGCACUCGGACAAAACGCAUCCGCCAGCGAAGGUCGGCGACAACGUAACAAUACCUAUACCAGACGUGGACAAGCCUCGUGCUUGUUUAAGAAACAUAAUCGGCGUAAUUCUCGACAAAAACGAACACGAGUUAUACAAAAUAGGGACCAAAGACGGCAUCCUCCCUAAAAGGUACUGUCGGUCGGAAUUCGACGUGUGCGCCACGGCCUUCAUAUCGGUCAGUGAGGUGCCAGCCGAAAAAAAGGUUACGGUACGUGCGGCCGCAGCCAGUGUUGCUGGGGGUUCUGCGCAGGGGUUCGAAAGGUGCAACUGCAAAAAAGGUUGCACCUCAAACCAGUGUAAGUGCCGCAAAAAUGGCAAACUGUGCAACUCCAAAUGUCACUCCAGCCUCAGCUGCAACAAUAAAUAAAUUUCCUUUGAAUGUACUUUUCCUCUAAAAAAUAAAAAAGUGACAAGAAAUCUAUAAUGAUUUCGAAUUGCAUCAAUUGUGUAACGUUUUCCCUCAUGCCCUUUUUUAAGCACUUGUGAUAUUAUGAUAUUAUGUUAAAAAAGUGACAAGGAAUCUGUAACGAUUUCAAAUUGUAUCUUUUUUCAAAUUGUAAUUGUAAAUUUUGCAUUUUUUUUCCAAUUUUUUUUGCUACUCAGAUUUCUCGUGCCCUGUUUUAAGCACUUGUGAUAUUAUGUUACACUGUUAUUCAGCCUCACCUGUGAUUCUUUUAUAAUAAACCACCGCUCGCCCCGGUCUGCGUGGGGAUAAA